UAGGUGCACUCCGUAGGAUAUGAAAUAACGGCUUUUACGCCUGGAGUAGUGCACUGUAUAUUCAACAAGACCCGUUUUGGGAUUCGGCCCUAGAUAGUUUCAAACCACUGUUUUGUUUUCUUAGGAUGUUGGACAACAAGGGAUAGGGGUUUCAAUGAAGCAUUUACAACUGAAAUUAUUUUGAAGUGCUUAUUAUGUGUGAACACUAAAUAUAACACGAUAAGAGAGGUACAGACGCGCUAUUUUAGCACUGCGGAUAAACAGCGGCUAGCUAAGGUUGCUAACUAACUGUUUCGUCGAGCUACCUAUAGCUAGCCAUCGUUAGCUAGCUAGGUAAUCAUCCUGCGGGAAUGUUAGUUGCUGUUAUUCGCUCAGGAUAAACUAAAACUACACACGGCGUAUUAAUCAGCUCAUAUUCACAAUGGACGUGAAUUUGACCAUUUCUCUGAUGAGAGGUCAGAUGGGGGUGGUGAUUGAGAAGGCCGUGAACGCGGCGGUGGAGACGGUGCUGGGAGAGAUGAUCCGGGUGAUGAGCCUCAAGUUCGAGCAGCUCCGGAGGGAAAUGACGGCCAAAGAGAAGGAGAACGAGGACAUCAGGAAGAUGUUAGAGUCGACUCGCUGUCAGAUGAAGAUCUUGCGGCAGAAAUAUGUUAAUGCACUGAACACUAAAGAUGACAGACAUGCCUUUGCGCCGCACAGACACACACUGGGUCUGAUGAACGCAGCCAGAAACACAGCCGCUCAACUGGACUCGACCAGACACCCAGCCGGUCAACUGGACUCGACCAGACACCCAGCCGGUCAACUGGACUCGACCAGACACCCAGCCGGUCAACUGGACGCGUCCAGACACGCAGCCGCUCAACUGGACUCGACCAGACACCCAGCCGGUCAACUGGACUCGACCAGACACCCAGCCGGUCAACUGGACGCGUCCAGACACGCAGCCGCUCAACUGGACUCGACCAGACACGCAGCCGCUCAACUGGACGCGUCCAGACACGCAGCCGCUCAACUGGACGCGUCCAGACACGCAGCCGCUCAACUGGACUCGACCAGACACGCAGCCGGUCAACUGGACGCGUCCAGACACGCAGCCGGUCAAAUGGACUCGACCAGACACGCAGCCGGGCAACUGGACGCGACCAGACACGCAGCCGGGCAACUGGACGCGACCAGACACGCAGCCGGUCAACUGGACGCGACCAGACACGCAGCCGGGCAACUGGACUCGACCAGACACGCAGCCGGGCAACUGGACUCGACCAGAGCCCAUCAGAUCACAUCUGAUCACGGGGUGCCACCAAGAAGACGGUCCUCAAACGCGGGAUCACCCUGUGCUGAACCUCUCACACUUGCUCUCAAACCCCGAAACCCUGAACCAGCUCAUGCAGCACUGCCUGCCCUUAAAACUCAUAAAGUGAUCCUUGAAGCUGUCCCUACCGAGAGCAGCCAAAAUGCUGAAACUUACAAUGAGGAGGAGCCAGGAUUAAAAGUACAUCUGGGAUUGAAAGUGGAGAACUCAAGCAGCAUUGUACCAGAGAGCAUCGAUCCUCUAUGGGGUCAAACACCUCAAACAUCCACAGAAGCUGAACACACAGAGAUAGCGGACACAAACCUUCUCCCAGUGGCUCAUACAAGCGAGGCACUGAACUCAGCUAUGGCGGACUGCCAAGAGCCUGGUUUAAAGAUCAAACAGGAGGAAGCUGAGGUCGAAAUCGUCGAGGUGAAGGAGGAGCAAGCUGAGCCGUCCACUUCAGAGCUUCCUAGGAUUGAGUUACAUCAGCAUUUGGCUGGAGCAGGAAUGGCCAUAGAGAUGCCAGUGACUCAACAGUGUAUCCAGAUACCUUCAGUGACUGAACCAGCCUUCAUGGGUGUGGACCCAAGCGCAUAUACUGAGUCUCAGCUAGCUGUGGCAGAUACGCAAAGGCAGAUGCGUCCAUUCUGUAAAGACCUGAUGCUGUACGAGGAUUACAAGCGCAAACGUAUAGAAGUGCGUAAACGCAGUGAAACCCGACGGCGCGAGCUGGAACGGACGCUGCCACAGGCUCUUCUGGCUGACUUGGUGAAGGAACGCAGGGAAAAGACCCGGCUCAGAGUGGCCCGCUGGAGAGCCAAACGCAAGCUGCAGGCCUGCCUGAUGGCACAGGCGGCACAAUUUAACAGCACGCAGGCUCUUUACACUCAGCACAACGGCAGGAGGAGAGGAGGGGCUGCCCCACAGCAGGGGGGCAUCGGUCUUGGCACUGCCCAGUCUGAGAGUGGUGUGUACACCAUGCCGCUGCAGAUGGGCACCAGUCCUCUACUGGGAGCACAAAGACUUGGCAUGGCUGAGGGUCAAAUGCAGCCUGGAGCCUCUGUGUUUGUGCAGCAGAGAACUUCAGCAGCUGGAUCUGAGACGUACCAGUGAAAUUGUAAAGAUUGUUUUGGCACGGUGAUACAGUGAGAACGUGCAUUUCUGACCUGCAUAUUUUUUUUAUACAGUGUGUUAUAAUAAGGAUUAUCACUGUAAAAGGGUAACAGUGUGAACCAUCCAACAAGAAGCUAAUACUGGCUUUCAAUGCUUGAUGGACAUAUUCUUGUAUACAAAAAAGAGAACUGAAAAUUCUUGUAGUUUAAGGAACCCAAAGAGCUGCUAUCCCAUAUUUUGAUAUUGCAGGAGGAACAGGGUUUUUCAUCCUCGUACAAUGUGUUCACAAAAGUUCACUGUGCUUGGAUCUGCUACAUGAUGAACUCUUCAGGCGUCACAUUAAACACAUGCAUCGGAUGAAGCAAUUGCUGAAUUCUGACUGAUAGGACAGAAAUGGCAGGAAGGGAAAAAAAAAUACAGGACUUGAUUUUGAGGCUUUAAAAAAUAAAUUUAUUGUCAAGUUUCUGCCAAUGAAUGGGACAUAUUAUAAUUCUUUCUCUUGAAGUCCAUUUGUGUGGUUUUAUGUCCCAAAAUAUUUGUAAUUCAUGUCUCAAUAUUUUCACCAACCUUUCUUUAUCCCUUACAAUUAAACAGUUUUUGUCACUGUG